CUGAAAACCACUUGCAGUAUCCCAUAAGUUUACAUGAAUGAAACGACUCGUAGUCUCAAGUGGGCAUUUAUAUAAGAAACUUGUAGUCCAUAGACUCCGUAUCAAGUUCUUCGUUCAAAACUGAAAUAUUAUACUUACUUCCUCACUAAUCACUUUUACAUACUACUUAAAUUAAUCAGUCAAGAUGAGUUCAGCAAGCAAAGCCUGGAUGGUUGCUGUUAGUGUCGGUGUUGUUGAAGCAUUGAAAGAUCAAGCCGGAAUGUGCCGAUGGAAUUAUGCUCUCAGAUCCAUCCAUCAGUACACUAAAACCAGAGUGAAAUCAUCUAUAUCUCAAGCAACUUGUUCUUCAGUUCCCGCUUCUUCUGUAAUUCCAGACCAGAUCAUGAUGAUGAAUCGGCAAAGAGAUCAUGAAAUGAAGCAAUCGGAAGAAUCACUUAGAAAAGUUAUGUAUUUGAGUUGUUGGGGUCCCAAUUAAAAUGAUCUCUUAAACCACAAACUCUAGCUAAGAAGAUCAAAUGGAUCUUAUCUUAGUUAUUUGUGUUAAUUAGCGGUUGUAUAUAUAAAUGAAAUUGUUAUCACAAAUUUUCUAAAUUUCUUAUUCUA